AGGUGCGGCGGGGAGAAGCGCGGCUCUCGGCGGCGAUCGCGGCGGUUCUCGGUGGCGGUGCAGCGGUGUUGCGGCGGAGGAAGGGGGAGGGAGAGGGCGAUGGGCGACGUGGACCACCAGGCCACCGUCGGCGGCGGCGUCGAGGACGCCUACGGCGAGGAUCGGGCGACGGAGGAGCAGCUCGUCACCCCGUGGACCAUCUCCGUCGCCAGUGGGUACACUUUGUUGAGGGAUCCGCACCACAACAAAGGUCUCGCCUUUACGGAGAAAGAGAGGGAUGCCCACUACUUGCGAGGCCUCUUGCCCCCUGCAAUUGUUACACAAGAGCUUCAGGAGAAGAAGCUCAUGCACAAUCUUCGGCAGUAUCAGGUGCCCCUGCAGCGUUACAUGGCCAUGAUGGAUCUUCAAGAGAGAAAUGAGAGGCUUUUCUACAAGCUUCUCAUUGACAACGUCGAGGAGUUGCUUCCGGUUGUUUACACACCGACUGUCGGUGAGGCUUGCCAGAAGUAUGGAUGCAUCUUUAGGCAUCCUCAGGGGUUGUAUAUCAGUCUAAAAGAAAAAGGGAAGAUACUUGAGGUGCUGAAAAACUGGCCCCAGAAGAGCAUCCAGGUUAUUGUCGUCACUGAUGGUGAGCGGAUUUUAGGGCUCGGUGACCUUGGCUGCCAAGGAAUGGGAAUACCUGUGGGCAAGCUUGCUCUUUACACUGCUCUCGGAGGAGUUCGCCCAUCUGCCUGCUUACCCAUCACAAUUGAUGUGGGAACAAACAAUGAGGCGCUGCUAAAAGAUGAUUUCUACAUUGGAUUAAGGCAAAGAAGGGCUACCGGCCAGGAAUAUGCUGAUCUUCUGCAAGAAUUUAUGACUGCCGUCAAGCAGAACUAUGGGGAAAAGGUCCUCGUUCAGUUCGAAGAUUUUGCCAACCACAAUGCAUUUGAACUUCUUGCUAAGUAUAGGAAAACUCAUCUCGUCUUCAAUGAUGAUAUUCAGGGUACAGCCUCUGUGGUCCUUGCUGGGGUUGUUGCAGCUUUAAAGUUGGUCAGCGGAACCUUAGCAGAGCACACUUUCUUGUUUCUUGGUGCUGGGGAGGCUGGGACGGGUAUUGCUGAACUUAUAGCUCUUGAGAUGUCCAAGCAGACAAAAUCUCCAAUAGAAGAGACUCGCAAGAAAAUCUGGCUUGUGGAUUCUAAGGGAUUGAUUGUGAGCUCACGCAAGGAGUCUCUCCAACAUUUCAAGAAGCCAUGGGCCCACGAGCAUGAACCUGUUAAGACCCUCUUAGAUGCUGUUAAGGCUAUUAAGCCAACUGUUCUAAUAGGAUCAUCUGGUGUGGGACAAACCUUCACUAAGGAUGUAGUUGAAGCCAUGGCAUCUUUUAAUGAGAAGCCUGUGAUUCUUGCUUUAUCUAACCCUACUUCACAAUCUGAAUGUACUGCCGAACAGGCAUACACAUGGACUAAGGGUCGAGCAAUAUUUGCUAGUGGGAGUCCAUUUGAUCCAGUUGAGUAUGAUGGCAAGAUUUUUGUGCCCGGCCAGGCAAACAAUGCUUACAUUUUUCCUGGAUUUGGCCUCGGUGUGGUGAUCUCGGGGGCAAUUCAUGUGCAUGAUGACAUGCUUCUUGCAGCUUCUGAAGCUUUGGCCCAGCAGGUGACGGCGGAGAACUACGAGAAAGGCCUGAUCUACCCGCCUUUCUCGAAUAUUAGAAAGAUAUCUGCUCACAUCGCCGCCAACGUAGCUGCCAAAGCAUAUGAACUUGGUUUGGCGAGCCGCCUCCCUCGCCCAGAAAACUUGGUGAAGUACGCAGAGAGCUGCAUGUACACUCCUAUUUACCGUAACUACCGAUAGACGAAGCUCCGAGAAAUUUUCUUGUGAAACCAUCAAGUCAGAUAUGUUGUCUGUCGUAAUAAUUCAGUCGAAAUUGUUGUAGUUUGCCUGUCUCGAGUCUCUGUUGUAAGCGAUGGUGUGUCUCGCUCGCCCUACAUGGAUGGUUCUGGUUCUAUUACCAGGUUUAUUGCGCUGGUCUGUGAUGAACUAUGCAUUGAAUAAAUGUUAAUCUAGCUGAUGAAAGAUUUUAAAAUUUUUAUCUA